CUUUUCCACCCAUGACGUUGACCGAGCAUGUGAAAGUCGAGGUCAAGCAUUGUCGCGUCCGCCGGCCGACACCAUGACCUCCGUUCCAAUCACUCCCUCAACAACAUGGAUGACCCUGUGGCCGAGAUCCCCUACGUGAUUGCCCUUCUGACCGAGACUCCCCCAUCAUUACAACUCUCGACGGUCAAUCAGUACUUCACUUCCGAUGCGAGCUUCACUCACCCCUUCUGCCGGACUGGCUCGUCGGCGCAUUCUCGCUACCUGAUUGAACGCAUCUACCGAUGGUACAAGAUCAUGUCUCCACGCAUCACCGCAAACGUCCACAGCGUCUCCUUUGAUGAGAAGAAUCUUGUCCUGUACGUCGGUCUCACCCAGGUCUUCGCCAUCUGGGCUAUCCCUACACAUCGAUCAGAGGUCUCGCUAGUCACCGUCCUCCACUUGUCUCCUCAGAAGGAUUCGAGAGACCACGACAAGGUCAAAUACUACAUCUCCAGCCAGAAUGAUCUAUACCAGACGGAUCAGUUCAUCAAGUUUAUUCUGCCUUGGAUCUCCAUCCUUGUCCCCAUCUGGCAGUUCUUGGCUACCAUCUUCUGCGUCAUUGGCAGUUACUUAUUCGCUCCUGUCACUUGGUGGGAGGAGCACUUUCAAGAUCACUUCACAAGGCCCGAAAGACCUCCCAAGUGGAGCGACGCUAGGUGAUAUAUACACACUACUAUACAACCUUGAUCAAUUUACCAAGGGAUGGACAUACACCCUGUCGGUGUCUUGGAAGCUUCUACGCUGUCCGUCUGUCUUACACAUGAACGCCUUCCCGGAACUUCACAGUGUUGCAAGGAGCCAUAGAGACCGUGUUGGCGUACAUUGUUGACAAGAAAGAGGCCAUGCUGCUCUUUGUCCCAUACUUUAU